CGCCCUAGUGUGGAGAUGGGGCUCUAACCCGGGCGCGCGCGAGGGUCCAAGCACGCACGUGCCUCCAGACACCUGCGGAGGCUGGAUUUUCUGAGCGCCUGGCAUGAACCGCAAGAAGCUGCAGAAGUUGACAGACACCUUAACUAAAAAUUGCAAACACUUUAAUAAAUUUGAAGUGAAAUGUCUCAUCAAUCUUUUUUAUAACUUGGUGGGAGACGUAACAGAGCGACCAGGUGUCGUCAUUGGACUAGAUCGUAAUGCAUUUAGAAACAUCCUGCACACAACAUUUGGAAUGACAGAUGACAUGAUUUUGGACAGAGUAUUCCGAGGUUUUGAUAAAGACAACGAUGGUUGCGUAAGUGUGUCAGAGUGGAUUUAUGGAUUAUCAUUGUUUCUUCGAGGAACUUUGGAAGAGAAAAUGAAAUAUUGUUUUGAAGUUUUUGAUUUGAAUGGUGAUGGAUUUAUUUCAAAAGAGGAAAUGUUCCAUAUGUUGAAGAAUAGCCUUCUCAAACAACCUUCUGAAGAAGAUCCUGAUGAAGGAAUUAAAGAUUUGGUGGAAAUAACACUUAAGAAAAUGGACUAUGACCAUGAUGGGAAGUUGUCUUUUGCAGACUAUGAACAAGCUGUAAGAGAAGAAACUCUGUUACUAGAAGCUUUUGGACCAUGUCUACCUGAUCCAAAGAACCAGAUGAAAUUUGAAGCCCAAGUAUUCAAAGACCCAAAUGAAUUCAAUGACAUGUGAAUACCUAAAUGUCUUUGUUUUCUCAAACAAGUAGGAAUGGAGGCUCAUGUGUAUUGUUUUCUUACUAAGCUCAGAAAGAUGUUUAAAUUUGGGGAUAGGAGAUAGGUCACUUACCUAUGCCAUUCAAGUUUGGUGAAAACUCAAGUAAAAUAGAUGAAAGACAGGAAGUUCCCUAUUGGAUAUUGUUGAGUUUGGCAAAACAAGUAAACAUUUCUAGAGAAAAUUACCACAUAUCUGUUGAAGCCCAUAACUGUUGUAAAGCUUUUGUAUUAAUGAAAUGAGUAGAGAGAUUAUACAGUCAUGAAUUAACUAGUAAGGCAAAUGUUCUUCAUGUCCUAAAGAUGUUGGGUAUACAUUUAAAAAUCAUUUAAACUUUUCAAUUUCCUUUGUAGCAGUAAGUAGUUGAGAGACCAUCAAAAGCAUGAUAAUU